ACGCACACACGCACAGUGCGCCCACACGCGCGCGCCCACAGACGCAGCAGCCGAAGCAUCCUCCUCCUCCGCCGCCUCCUCCUCCUCCUCGGGCUCGUCAUCCUCCUCAUCAUCUUCACCUUAAUGCGAGCGGCAUGAGGUGGUCCGGCUGCUAGGAGCUCGUCGCGACCCCCCACCCCCACCCCACCCCCGGCCCCAGCAUGCUCUUCGACACCUUCGACCUGCUGUCUGCUCUGGCCACGCUGGCGGCGUGCGCGCUCUGCGUGGCUCUGCUGCUCGCCGUGUCACAGCAGCUGUGGCAGCUGCGCUGGACCGCCACGCGGGACAAGAAGUGCAAGCUGCCCAUGCCCAAGGGCUCCAUGGGCUUCCCUUUCAUAGGCGAGACGUGCCACUGGCUCCUGCAGGGUUCGGGUUUCCACGCAUCUCGGAGGCAAAAGUACGGCAACGUGUUCAAGACCCACCUGCUGGGCCGACCGCUGAUCCGCGUGACGGGCGCCGAGAACGUGCGCAAGGUGCUGAUGGGCGAGCACACGCUGGUGACGGUGGACUGGCCGCAGAGCACCGCCGCCCUGCUCGGACCCAAUUCGCUCGCCAACAGCAUUGGCGACAUCCAUCGCAAGAGGAGGAAGGUGUUUGCCAAAGUGUUCAGCCACGAGGCCUUGGAGUCGUACCUCCCCAAAAUCCAGCAGGUGAUCCAGGAGAGCCUGCGAGUGUGGAGCUCCAACCCCGAGCCCAUCAACGUCUACAGGGAGAGCCAGCGGUUGUCCUUCACCAUGGCGGUGAGGGUGCUGCUGGGAUUUCGGGUCUCCGAGGAGGAGAUGAGGCACUUGUUCUCCACCUUCCAGGACUUUGUCAACAACCUCUUCAGCCUUCCCAUCGACAUGCCCUUCAGCGGCUACCGCAAGGGCUUGCGAGCGCGCGACAAGCUGCAGAAGAGCAUCGAGAAAGCCAUCAGGGAGAAGCCGCUGUGCACGCACGGCAAAGACUACAGCGACGCCCUGGACGUCCUCAUGGACAGCGCUAAGGAGAACGGAGCCGAGCUCACCAUGCAGGAGCUCAAGGAGUCCACCAUCGAGCUGAUCUUCGCCGCCUUCGCCACCACGGCCAGCGCCAGUACGUCCCUCAUCAUGCAGCUCCUGCGCCACCCGCCGGUCCUGGAGCGCCUACGUGAGGAGUUGAGGGUGAGGGGCUUCCUCCAGAACGGCCGCCUGUGCCCCGAGGGCCAGCUGCGUCUGGAUACCAUCGUCAGCCUCAAGUACCUGGACUGCGUCAUCAAGGAGGUUCUGAGGCUCUUCACGCCCGUCUCGGGGGCCUACCGCACCGCCAUGCAGACUUUUGAACUCGACGGGGUGCAGAUUCCAAAAGGCUGGAGCGUGAUGUACAGCAUCCGGGACACUCACGACACGUCGUCCGUCUUCAAGGACGUGGACGCUUUCGACCCCGACCGAUUCAGCCAGGAGCGCGGCGAAGACAAGGAGGGGCGCUUCCACUACCUGCCCUUCGGCGGCGGCGUCCGCUCUUGCCUGGGCAAGCAGUUGGCCACGCUCUUCCUUCGCAUCCUGGCCAUCGAGUUGGCGAGCAGCAGCCGCUUCGAACUGGCCACGCGAAACUUCCCCCGCAUGGUCACCGUGCCCGUCGUCCACCCGGUGGACGGGUUGAAAGUCAAGUUCUACGGCCUGGACUCCAACCAGAACGAGAUCAUGGCCAAGUCGGAGGAGCUGCUCGGCGCCACCGUGUGAAGGCGGGUGGCGCGAGGAGGGAAAAAGAAGGACGCCGCAUUUUUCUUCUCCGCGCUUUCAGACUUCAAGGAACAUUUUCACCUCCUGUUCCGUCGGGAAAAGGAAGAAGCUGCCAUCAGGAUUCUGCUCUCGCCUCAACAAAAAGUGAUGGAAUAUCAUUGGAACACCUCGUGGGGGUGCGUGGGGAGGGGUGGGUAUGGGGGGGGGGGGGUGUCGAUAGGCAAGUUGGAUCAAACAGGGUACCGGAGGACAGGAAGCAAAAGCUUUGGGGAAUUUCCUGAAUCCAAAUUGGCCAAUCAUCGUAGCAGGGUAAACGGGGGCGACAAAGAUCCGGAGGCAGUCUCUUUUCUGUCCUUCAGUCUUUCUUUUUUUUUCCCCCCACCCCCUCCCUAAAUCAAAAGUAAAACGCGAGCUGGGGUCUUUGAACCCUUCUGGCUGUUGAUUGUCCGACUACUUUCCCACGAAAAGUAAAAAUGUCAAGUUCAACUGCGUUCCCCAAGUCACCUUUGGAUGAAACGUUUUUGGCUUUCGAAAAGGCUGUCCAAAGGCUUCCCUUUUGUUGUCGGGUAUAUCGCGCGGGGUUGUUGCCGUUGUUGCCUUCCAGCCUCCCGAUUGGCGAAAUCUCCCCCCGCCUUGCUCAGUUCCUUGACGAUUUCAAUGGAAAAAUCGCCAUAAGGGAAUGCAUCGUAAGCUAACCGGCUUGCUAGCAGCUAGCAUCACAAACACCAGCGCGCUUGGAGGGGGGGGAAGAAAAAAAACAACAAAAAAAAGGCCCACUUGACAUGCAAAUGCUGCUCGUCCUUGUCUUGUCGUCGUGUUAGUUUUGAACGUCGCGUCGAUCCCGCUUCGCUGCUCCUCGCAAGACGAGAAAAUCACGGCGGAAUCAUUCCAUCCGAGCAGCUCUCAAGCCAACCAAAAGGCGGUCCCGUCUUAACACACCACUCACUGACUUGUUCGGGGAAAACAGAUGACAAGUAAUUCUCUUUGCUGCUUCUUUGUGACGUCGUCUCACGGAGAGUUCUAGAUGUCCAAACUUGUUUUGUUUGUUUUUGUCAAACUCACGUUGUUUCCUGACUAGAUACACGUAGCUCGGCGCGCUAGCUAACUAGCACGCUAGCUAACUAGCGCAGAAUUUCUGCGCCCGCUGCGAUGAGCGCGACGAAUAAACAGUACAAACACACAUGUAAAUAAACAGUGCAUCAUUUUAAGAUCGGCAUUUUGUUUAAAAAAAAAAAAAAGAA